AUGGAGAACGUGAUACACAUCGACGAGAAGUGGUUUAAUCAAGACAAGAACACACGCACGUACAUGCUUCUUGAAAGUGAGCUGCCACCACAGAGAGACCGCAAGAGCAAGAACUUCAUCCCGAAGACCAUGUUUCUCGCUGCAGUAGCACGACCGAGGUAA